UCCCUCUCCGUACGCCGCAGGGACAGCCGGCGGCGAGAUCAUCUCCCCUGCGGCGGCGGCGGCCCAGGACGGGCUUCUCCUUCUCCUCCCACCGCCUGCGCUGCGAGCAGGGACACUGUUGGUCCUUCAUCCUCACCGGGGACGGUAUGACAUGCAAAGAGGAUACCCGUUUCACAUCUCAUAAAAAUGAGGAUUUUUCAAACCUGGAUUAUCAAGCAGAUUCUUCAAAAUUCAGUUGUGCUAUUUCCCGUGGGUCAAAUACAGAUUCUAAGGAACAAUUAUCGCCAGGAAGUAUGUAUCAUAGGCAGAAGUCUUGCUUUUCUUCAUCAAACUGUUCUCUUGGAAGUUCUUCUGAAUUUGAAUCAGCACCAAGUACUCCAGACGCGUCAGGAAACACGGUUGGGAAAAUGAGAAUUGAGCCAAGGUCGGAUCACCUUGCUUCAUAUCCUUCUACUGGUCCUGACGUAAGAAGGUUGUAUGCAGCAGAAGGUCAAGCUGAUUUUAACAUGGAGUAUUAUUCAGAAAACAGGUUCAGAAGAUCCGAUCAAUCUAUUGUCUUUUCAAACUGCAAUGGUCAAUCUAUUGAACACAACAGUGAGAUAGUUGAUAUACCUAGACCGGCCAAUUGCAUGAAUGAGACUACUUCAUCUUCAAGUCAAUGGUGUUUUGACAAUUGGGGCCCUUCACCACCAAGAGGGCUACAGUAUGGCGAUGAGAUUCCUUCUCUGUCUAGUCAGGACUAUGGUGCCAAAAUCCCCUCACUUUCAAGUAGACAAAGUUAUGGUGAUGAGAUUCCAUCAUUAUCUCGCAACUGUAACUCUCUCCUGAGUAGGCAAAGUUAUGGUGAUGAGAUUCCAUCGCUUUCUCACCAUUGUAACUCGCUCUCAAGUAGACAAAGUUACGGUGAUGAGAUUCCGUCACUUUCUCGUCAUUGGUACUCGCUCUCAAGCAGACAAAAUUAUGGCGAUGAGAUUCCAUCACUGUCUCACCGUCAAUGCUACCAAGAUAGGAUACCUUUGCAUCAUCGUCAAUGUUUCCGUGCUGAGGCACAUCCACAGCGAACCCAGCGAGGUGCUUCUCAUGGGAAUUAUCACUCAAGAGACAGCUUUCUCAGUAGUGUUGCUAAUAAUCAGAGAGUCAAGAUGGCUACAAGCAAACAUAAUGUCACAAGAACUGAUCAUCAUAGGUCUAUUAAGGAGGAUAAUGUAUGGAGGAAUUCAGGUGAUACAUUGGAGCAAGUUUGUGGUCCCCGUGCAAACAAAUCGGGAAAUGCGUCAACAUCCAAUACAGAGAAAGUAAUCAUAAAUCCUUUGGUCCGUAGGGAUCAGUUUAACAGACCAGAUUUCAUAGUUGAGUAUGAACAGGCCAAGUUUUUUAUGAUAAAGUCAUUCAGUGAAGAUGAUAUUCACAAAGGUAUCAAAUACAAUGUUUGGGCAAGUACACCACAUGGGAACAAUAAACUGGAUGCAGCUUUUCGUGAAGCUCAGAUUUUAAUGAAGGAGAAGCACAAAAAAUGCCCUGUCUUCCUAUUCUUUUCAGUUAAUUCCAGUGGCCAGUUUGUAGGAUUGGCUGAAAUAUUAGGCCCUGUUGAUUUUAAGAAGACCAUGGACUUCUGGAAACAAGAUAGAUGGAAUGGAUUUUUCCCUGUAACAUGGCACAUUAUAAAAGACAUUUCAAAUAAGCUCUUCAGGCAUAUAACUCUUGAAAACAAUGACAACAGACCUGUUACUUUCAGCAGGGACACUCAGGAGAUUGGGCUGCCCCAGGGUCUGGAAAUGCUACAAAUAUUUAAGGAUUUUUGCCACGAAACAUCACUUCUUGAUGAUUUUAAUUUCUAUGAAGAAAAGGAAAAUGCACGGUGUGCCGAAAAGGGUAGAAAUGCAGACUCGAUACAUGAAGCUAGGCUCUCAUUUUUUGGAACUGCAUCUAGACUCUCUGAUGACUUCAAAUCAAUGGAAAAUUUAGAGGCAAGCAUGGAGAGCACGACUUUAUAUUAGAAUUGGGAUUGAUCCAGCUUGGUCUGCUGUGCAAUCGCAAUUGUAAUAAGAACUUUGAUUAGUUAGUGAAGAAGUAACAGUCUUGGCGUUCCCCUGCAAAACCAUCUGCUCCGACAAGUGAAUGCAAGAUUAGUUGAAUGUUAUAUAUUAGUGCAUAACAAACCAGAGAGUUGCCAAUAAACUCAAGGUUUUGACACGGUGACGCCCUGAAGUUUUUUAACUGGUUGCAAGCUUACAUGGACUAGUUUAUCUUUAUUAUAAGUUUCUUUUUUCACGAUAAAUCUUUAUCAUAAGUUGACUACUUUGUAAGUGGCUGAACGACUAAUCAGGUGGUUUAUAGCUAAGUGUCAUUACAGUUUUGGUAGAAUGUUAAAAUGGAUAAUCAGACAAUCAUCAGCCAACAAUUAGCACCAAUAUUCUAAAGUUU